GAAACUGAGGCUGACAUCCACAUGUUGAUCGUGCAACAGCCAGUGCAUCAAGGCCGCAUACAGACCGAUGUUGAAUCACGUUCUUUACUUUGAGGCUCGUCUCGAACAAACAAACAAAGGCCGCCGUUCAAUACCUACCUCUAGUGGAAAUCAACUUAGGCCAGCUGCAGUCAGCGCCCUUGCCGUGCAGUUAACCAUUCGCGGCCGGCAAUCGACCUUGACCUGCCAGCUGACAAUGACGUCGUUUCCUGAUCGGCAUUGCUCACAGCAGCUUAACGACCGUUUCGCGAAUCGCGAGUGUCUCGCGCAAGCGCAUCUGUCCCUUUUGGCAAGUGUAAUUAAUGACCAGUCAGCAGGCAACGAUACGAUAAUAAAGCGCAAACUGAGACAACUUACCUACACCUUAGAACGGCCACGUUACACAUCUGGCGUUUAUUCAUAUCUUUGGAUAACCCCGCCCACGAGGAAUCAAAUGUACUAACAUCUCACUACAACUGACAUACUUUCACACCAUCCAGUGAUUCACUCGGCUUCAUUGACCGCACAUCCUGUUUACAUUCUCACGAUCUUAGGCAUCAAGCCACUUGAAAAUAUGCCUCCGAUAAACUUGCACAUCCACAGCCCCAUCAACGCAGCAAAAGCGUCUGAUCCGCAGGACACCAAGACCGCAACUCCAGAGGGGCAGUCAAGCUCAGGAACGGUUCCCAACGCCAACCCCGAUCCCCAACCCACCGGGACCGCCACUCUCAACCAGCCUACGCCCACCUACCUCAUCUCCGACCGGACGCCUCCACCUCCCCAGCCCGGAGCAGUCCCGAGUCUUCCCGCCCAAACCGCGGGGACUGGCACAGCAACCACCCAAGGGCAAGACGUCGAAUACGCCCAUCUCCCCCCGCAACCGUCAUCUCAGUACUACCCAGGAAAUCCGGCAGCACCAGCACCACCUGGCCCAAUAACCAGUCCACCGCACCAAAUGUCCAUCCCCCCACCAACCGCUUCUUACCACUACUCCCAACACGGAACGUCUACCACCACCACCAUCCCACCCCCUCCCACGAGAACCCUUCCGACCUAUCUCCCUGCUGGUGCUUCCCCAACUGAGCUUGGACUUGGACCCAGACCUGGAGCUGGAUCUGGAUCCGGAGGAGGAGACCUCUCUCACCCUCCCGGGUACCAACAAGAUGCCAUGGCGUCGGAUAUGAACCAGGCGCAGCGUGCAGCGCACGAAUAUGCUGCUUCUCAAGGAGGUCACGGUCACGGUCACGGUGGUGAUGACGACGACGAAGGGGUCUGGAACUCGGCGAAGAAAUGGAUUCAGGAUGCUGGGGCGAAGGUGGCGGAGGCGGAGAGUGAGGUAUGGAAGAGGAUCAAUAACCAGAAGUAAUGAGGGAUGGGGCCUGCUAUACAAUACUCGGUGGGGGCCCGGACAUUGUAGUGUCCGUGACUCGGUGGAGAAGGGGAAAGUGGAGGUUUCGAGUCUGUUGAGGUGAGGGUGUGUGGCGUCGGGAGUGUUCGGGACUGGAAUGACAUGUUCGUCGACCUGGUUGUUUCAAGAUAGACCGAAAGAUGGAGAUUUUCUCUGAUAGGUAGGAAUUGGGAAAUAGUAUUCCAUAUUGAAUAAUAACUUCUGCUGUUCACAUGCGGCAUGAGAUUGUUGAAUGUGAUGAGGGGAAAAUGGCCAAGAGAGACACUUCGUUGUGCAUCGUUGCAUUCGGGUACUCGACAUAAUGGCUGGAAGUCAAGGCGUGGCCAAUUCAUGUCAAUUGUCGCC